UAUAUUAUUUUAAUCGCCGUAUCGGUGCCGUAUCCAUAUCCUAUUUUUUAGAGAUUUGCCGUAUCGGCGUAUCGUAUCGUAUCGUAUCGCCGUAUCCGUAUCGGUGCAACAUAGCUCUGUAUUGUUUCUGUUUAUAUUUGAUGGUUGUGGCACAUGACAUUUCCAUCAAUUAAUUUGUUUGAAAUGUUUUGUUAGGGAUGUGAUUGAGUUGCUAGCAAAUGAUAAGACAAAAUUUCACUUGAAAAGAAGAAGGCCUUUAUCAUGAAGUUCAUGAAAAAAGAUUAGAAAACUAAUUUCAAGCCAGGUUCAGUUCCAAUUAUGUAUUAUUAAUUAUACUUUUUAGGGUUCCGAUACGAUACGGCCCCAAUACGUAUCUGAUAUGCCACGUGGCAUAUCAUAGACUUUUCUGGGCUGUUGACUUUACGAUACAGCUCCGAUACCCCAUCGAUACGGUCCCGAUACGUCAAGGGAUAAAAGUGAAAAUAUUUUGAAAAUUUGGGGGUGAUUUUGAAAGUUAUUGAAUAUUUGGGGUUAAAAUGUAAACUUAAAACUUAGAAUUUUAAAGACCCUGCCUCUGUUGAGAGGCUAGUUCUUUUGGGCGAUUCAGACGGCAACCAAAAAGGAAAAAGAAGAAGGAAGAAGGAAGAAGGAAGAAGGAAGAAGGAAGAGAACCCACCAGCAAUCGCCGUCACACCCGUCGCCAUCGCCAUCUCAGAUUCAUUUGGUUGGGUGGGUUUCUUACGCAGCUCAAGUUUGUGGAGAUUUUCCGUAUCGGCGUAUCGUAUCGUAUCGUUUUACCCGUAUCCAUAUCGGUGCAACAUAGCUUCAAAGUCCCUCAUCCAAACACACACUUAGUUAAACGCUUUGAGUGGAAUCAAAUCGUAAUGCCUGAGUGAGGUUAAUGCUCUGAGUUGUUAAAGCUGCAGGCAUCUAUUAUUCAGGACAGAGCUGCAAUCUUCAUUCCCCUGUUAUUUGGAUGCUCUGAUUGAGAGUGGUAGAGAGUGAUUCUGCAGCCAUGUCUGUGACCAAGACUCGGACAAGUAGCUUCUCCCGCAACUUUGCAUCUGCAAACUCAUCUCAAAUCCCCGGACUCAAGCAUGGCCCUAAUGGCACAAUGUUUAUUUCAUCUGGGAUACCAGACCUUGAUAAGAUUUUAGGUGGUGGGUUUUCUCUAGGAAGCCUAGUCAUGGUGAUGGAGGAUGCGGAAGCACCUCAUCAUAUGCUUUUGCUUAGGAAUUUUAUGUCUCAAGGACUCGUUCACAAUCAACCCCUUCUCUAUGCAAGCCCAUCUAAGGACCCAAGACAAUUUCUUGGUACUUUGCCUAGUCCAGCGGUACCCAAAGAUGAUAAGUCUAGUCAUCGAGAUCCUGACCAGGAGAAAGGAUUGAGGAUAGCUUGGCAAUAUAAGAAGUAUUUUGGUGAAAAUCAGCACAGUUUUGAUAGUCAAGGUGGAAAACAUGAGUUCUGCAAUGAAUUUGACUUGCGGAAGCCCUUGGAGAGGCAAUUUCUAAGUGGCAAGCAUAUAGAUUGCAUUAGCAUUCAAGAUUCUCCAAAUCUUGUUACCCUUAAUGACCGUUGUGCCACAUUUUUAUCUCAAUUUCCAAGAAGUGAUGGAAGCAUUUCUUCUGUUGGUCGUAUUGCCAUUCAAUCGUUCUGUGCUCCACAGUGUGAAUUUUCCAACAUGGAAUGGGAAAUGCUUUCCUUUGUUAGAUCUCUAAAAGGCAUGGUUAGAUCUUCAAAUGCAGUUGCUUUUGUGACAUUUCCACCUAAUCUUCUUUCGCCAUCCUCCUGUAAAAGAUGGCAGCACAUGGCGGACACCUUGCUGUCGGUCAAAGCAAUUCCAGACGAGGACAAGGAAUUGGAAAAACUCCUUACUGGUUACCAGGACAUGGUUGGCCUUCUGAAUGUGCAGAAAGUAGCACGUCUUAAUACACAGGUUCCUGUGAUUCUUGAGGCAACAACCUUGUCAAUAAAGUUGAAAAAACGGAGGUUUAUGGUUUUAGAAUGCCUAAACCAAGCCCCUAUUGAUGGCUCAAGCGGGAGUUCAUAUGGCACUACCGGUAGUUGUUCUGUGUCCUCUAAAAGUGGGACGCUUGAUUUUUAGCUCCCAACUUCAUAUUCAUUUUAGAAAUGUCAUUGAUAAGAAAUUCAGUUUGUUACGGUAAAAUAUAAGAAUCAGCCAUCAACCAUGAUUGCAAAAAAUUCCUAAGAGCCAGGAGUUUCAUGCAGGGCUGCUCGUGUAUUCUCGGCAAUUUAGGCCCUUUUUUUUUUA